UCACACUUCCUUAUCAAAGAAACCACACCCCCUCUACAUACAGAGUACACAGUCAAGUAGGAAGCCACUUCCUGUCCUCUGGUGUAGAGUUCCAUGAAACAGAAAGUCAUCUUUGACACUGAACAGAAAGUAAUCUUUGACACUGCCAUUGCUUAACCUACGGGAGAGAGCACCAAAAUGGCAGAGAAUCAGGAACUGUUCUGUUGCACCAUCUGUCUGGAUCUACUGAAGGAUCCGGUGACUACUGCCUGUGGACACAGCUACUGUAUGGGCUGUAUUAAAGAAAGCUGGGAUCAGGAUGAUCUGAAAGGUGUCUACAGCUGUCCACAGUGCAGACAGACCUUUACCCCAAGGCCUGUUCUGAACAGAAGCACUGUGUUGGCUGAAGUUUUGGAGAAACUGAAGAAGACAGGACUCCAGGCUGCUCCCCCUGCUGCUCUGUGCUAUGCUGGACCUGGAGAUGUGGCGUGUGAUUUCUGCACUGGGACCAGAAAGCAGAAAGCCCUCAUGUCCUGUCUGUCGUGUCUGGCCUCUUACUGUGAGACUCACCUCCAACCUCACUAUGAAUUUCCUGGUUUCAAGAAGCACAAGCUGGUCAAAGCCACCGCACAACUACAGGAGAAGAUCUGCUCUGAUCAUGACAAACUGCUGGAGGUUUACUGUCGUACCGAUCAGCAGUGUAUCUGUAUGCUGUGUACAAUGGAUGAACAUAAAGGCCAUGAUACAGUGUCAGCUGCAGCAGAGAGGACUGAGAAACAGAGGCAGCUGGGGAUGAGUCAGCAGAAGGUCCAGCAGAGAUUCCAGGAGAGAGAGAAGGACCUGAAGGAGCUCCAACAGGCUGUGGAGUCUCUCAAGCGCUCUGCACAGGCAGCAGUGGAUGACAGUGAUAAGAUCUUUACCGAGCUGAUCCGCUCCAUUGAGAGAAGGCGCUCUGAGUUGAAGGAGCUGAUCAGAGCCCAAGAGAAGGCUCAAGUGAGUCAAGCUGAAGGACUCCUGGAGCAACUGGAGCAGGAGAUAGCUGAGCUGAGGAAGAGAAGCACUGAGCUGGAGCAGCUCUCACACACAGAGGAUCACAUCCAUUUCCUCCAGAGUUAUCAGUCUCUCUCCAGUACCAGUGUAUCUUCAGACUUACCCAGUAUCGUUGUCCGUCCUCUUCAGUACUUUGGAGAUGUGAGUAAGACUGUGUCUGAACUGAGAGAGAAACUAGAAGACGUCCUUAAAGGAGAAUGGACCAAGAUCUCCACUACAGUGAAUAUAGUGGAUGUUGUACUGCCUCCAGAGCCCAAGACCAGAGAACAGUUCUUACAAUAUUCCUGUCAGCUCACACUGGACCCAAACACAGCACACACACUCCUCUCUCUGUCUGAAGGGAACAGAAAGGUGACCUAUACAGGCCAAGUCCAACCAUAUCCUGUUCAUCCAGAUAGAUUCACAAACUACCAGGUUAUGUGUAGAGAGGUUCUGUCUGGACGCUGUUACUGGGAGGUGGAGUGCAGUGGGGGGGGGUUUGUUUAUACAGCAGUCUCAUAUAAAGACAUCAGCAGAACAGGGAGAGAUGGUGCAUUUGGAGAGAAUGACAAGUCCUGGAGUUUACACUACUAUAGUGGUGGUUAUUUGUUCAGACACAAUAAUGUUGAGACUAAAGUAUCAGGCCCUCAGUCCUCCAGAGUAGGAGUGAACCUGGAUCACAAGGCAGGUACUCUGUCCUUCUACAGUGUCUCUGACACAAUGACCCUCCUCCACAGAGUCCAGACCACAUUCACUCAGCCCCUCUAUCCUGGGUUUCGUUUAGAUCGUUUUUUCUCUAGUGCUGCUGGGUUUUGGCUCUCUGGUGCUGCUGAGCUGGUUAAACUGUAGUAGGGUCCACAUAGAUACCAGUCAUG